GGUAGCCACCUGCGCCCAGCACGUGACACAGGCAUUGCGCUUGACCACAAGCAAGCAAACAAAAACAACCACCCAAACAAACCAUAUUGCAUCAGUGAGAAGACGACCAUGAAGCUGCUGUUAACCCCGGGAGAGCGACAACGAGCGCUGUCGAUCAAGGCGGCUAUCGAAUCCGCGCCGUUUAUCCAGAAUCGUCCCGAUUUGGAGUACGCCCAUUUGGCGUUGUGCUGUUCUCCCAACAUGAGUCAAGAAGCACUGCUCGAGACUGCGCACAAACUGCAGUGUUUUCGAGAACAAUAUGGCAUCCAGGAGACGGUCGAAGAUGGCGUUCGGUCUCUACGAGAGCUCAUGAUGCAACAGCCAGGACACAUCUUGGACAUUAGUUAUGUUCCGUCCGAGCAAACCUAUCAUUGUGUGUCGGAUUUUGCGAAAUUGGAUCCUUCCAAGGUGCAAUCCGAGAAAGACUAUCGGGUCUACCAAUCUGCGUUCUAUUACAUCAUGAGAGCCACUUCGACCAGCCCCGAAUCCAUGAGGAAGGGACUUAUCAUUUCUGCUUCAUGCGAAGGAAUGACUCUGAGGAGCGUCAAUGUUCAGUUUCAAGAGCGCUGUGUCGCGGAAUUGUGGAACUACUAUCCAGCACUGUACAAGGAGAUCACUUGGUACAAUACACCCACUGCUGCAAACAUGAUGUACAGCAUGAUUCGAAAAUUCAUGACAAAAGAAUUUCGCGACAAUUGGAAGGUGGGCGCCAUUGGGGACUACGAGGGACGUUUAGAUUCCUUGUUUGCCAUACCGACGCUGGAAGAUGCGCAGGAACAAGUGCUGCAAAGAGUUGAAUCUUACCUUCAAGAGCGCUAUCACAAUGAACAACAUUUUCGACUAGAACAAAUCAAAAAUGUCCAAAGUCAGGAACAACCCUUUGCCCCAAUCGUCGUUUCCCAAUUCGACGACAACUACUAGUGUCUGAAUCCCAAUCCAGCACAAGGCUUGUCAUAGAUCGCGUUCAACAUCUUGAAGAGUCACCGGCGAUAUUGGUGGGGCAAUGCGCGUUUUCUCCUCCGACAGCACUGCUUCCGAGCUUUGAAAGCUUGCGGGAGCUCGCCUCCCUGUCUUCACUGAGCACACGACGGGCUUCGUUCAUGUCCCAGCUUGAUAAGCCACAGUAAAGCCUGCGAAUUGGUUGUUUCCACGUUCAACAGUUGGUUCGCGAAGAUCCUUCAAGCAGUCGCCCAGUGCCCGUCUUGGCCCAUCGCUUUUCACGUGAUCCAAGUGGAUUGUAGCGAUUGCUUUACUGAGAUGCAAUUGAAGCUUGUCAAGAUUGGUCAGAGCCAUCUCUUGUGUUUCCGAUGGUGAACAAGACAUGGGAGACAAGAAGACUGCAAUCAAGGCGGCCGGAAUGCUCAUGCAAGAGUUGAAGCGCGGCAUGUACUGAGUUACUGGGUUGCGUUCUUGCCAACACACACUUUGGAGAACGAAACAGUGCCACCCGAAGAGACAGCUCCACGUUCACAUCAGUUCAUACAUAGACGACGAGGAAUGUCAGUAGGAAUGUUUUCCCCUUUCCCAAUAGUCAAAUCUUCAAUCGUCUUGUCCUAGAGGCCC